CAUGUACAAGUAGAUUUUAUAUACAAAGAAGUAUACGAGCGGACACAUCAAUUACGAGUAGGAGUUUUAUUAACGAGCAGGGUGAUCACCAUGAUCGAGAGGAUGGUAAAACAGAUUUGAUAAUGACGAGAAGGAGAAGGAAGCAUCAGUCAGUUGUACUUCUAUGUGUUCGAUCAUUUCUAUCAGAAAACCUGCAUAACGAGAUGCAAUUCAAGAUCAGCAACGUGCCUCGUCGUCGUCUGUCGAUUCUGUCCUUUCAGUUUAUUCUUGUGAAAGUCCUCAACAUCUUGACAGUUUUUUUCAUCUAUGGUUUUUUACGCGACAACACACGCAGCAUGCAAUCUUCAGUUGUGGUUUGACUGUGUUACAACGCAUCUUCAUGCUCACCCGCAAACCCUGAUGUAAGCCCAUGAAAACGACCCAUUGUUUUUUUCGCUGUCGUGGUCCGUCAGAAGCAAAUAAUGUCUCCUGAUGUAUAAUUGUGCUGAAUCUCUAGCAUGUCAGAGCUAACGCAAAUCUUAGUGUGAAGUGUAAGUCUGCGAGCUAAUAAUUCGAUUCUUUAAAUGGGCAUGGACAUGUUGGAAUAGGAUAGUAACUUGUAACAACGAGAAGGGUUAGGGACUCCAUCUCUAUUUAUUAAGUGUAGUCCGAUUUCUUGAUGAAAAAUCUCAGGCGAACUAGUGGUUGUGGUUUCCAACCAAAGCAUCCUCCUGGUGCUGAACGAGGAUCCAUGAUGUUAAAGACUUGUUGUGGAAUAUAGAUCCGAAGAUUUUUGCUUUAUCUUGUUGUGCAUUGUUGAGUAACAACUGCUAGUUUUAUUCGAAGUCGACCAUUUUUUUCUUCGUAGUACAACUACUCACUUAGCUUACUUGAUGAGUGUGAGUCCUCACUAUCUCGAGGUAUAAUUCGUGACUCAGUCUUUUCUUGCUUUUUUUUGGAGACUAGAAACGUUGCCAAUCUUACACUUGCACUUAUCGUCCCAUGAUUUUCUAAGUCUAACGUAAAAAAACGAAAAACAAACAAAAUGAUUGGGGUAACAUCAGCUGCAGCGUCUUCAGGACAGGAACAGGCUCGUGUAGGUCCUCCACCAAUGGAGUCCUCAGGCUUCAAACUAGCUUCCUCCGCGUCAGCCGGUGACUCUUGGGAAGACACUUGCUUGUUUUUCGUUGGUCAUACGAUUUUGUACCUGAGUUUUCGGUUCUUCAGUUUCCCCUUUACUGAGAGGCGAGACUAUGGGAACCGCUACUUCUUCUUCGUCAACUACAUGUCUCUGUGGCUAGCGCUGACCGCGAUCGCCUAUAUGCCAAAAAUCAAGGCUCUAGACGUCUUUCGAUCGUCCGGCAUUCGGGAUGUGGUCUACUUCGCGAUGGCGGCGACGCCGUUUGGCUGUUUCACGGUUUGGAGCGGUGAUUUGCUUUUCGGCGUGGUAAAUUGCCUCAGAGGCCGACGAGGACGGACCAGGCGUUUGGUUGAUAUGGUGUGGGGGGUUUCCGGUGGAGUGGUUGUACGCUUGUCGAUGUUCUGUGGAAAAAACUCGUUUUAUUCUGCGGGAAAGCAGGGCGAAGAUGACGAGACGAGCACAGGAGCAACCUUCAGUGGAGGUGCUUCUCCAGGGGGAAAGAACGAUGAUAUUGAAAUGACCAACAAGAAAACUGCAGCUAGUACUGCAAGCGACGUCCCGGAUGAGAUGCGAAGUCCAUCUGUGCAAUCAGACGAUACCGAUAUCUUCAGUGACACUUCUUCGCCAGUCAAGAAACGCAGUCGCGAUGAAGAUGAAGAAGGCCAAGGACAAGAAAGUAAAGUCCUCGGAGAACGUGGAGAAUCAGGUUCAGGAGACAUUGGAGACCUAGCAGGGGGUGUCUCAUUAGAGGAGGAUAUACCAGAAAGUUCUCCCUCACGUUUACAGAGUGAUGGUGUGACCUUUUUAAACGCGAAGAACCCACCACCCUUUUCUGCGCAUCGCACUCAUCGUGAGUUCGCUUCGAAUGCCACGUUGUUGACUAGUUCUGUGGCGUUGCAGUAUUGGGUAGUACUGCUGAUGCGCGAUGAAGAUGACGGAGGUGCAGCGUUACGACAGAAUGGUGAGGUACUACUGCAACAUCAGAAGUUGCACCAAGUAGGACUAAAUGGCAACGAUGCAGAUCUGCUUCUGGCCGCAGGAGCUCAGCAUCAGACUUCUAUAUUGACUACCAGCAGUCAUCGUGGUUUCCUUCACAUUUUCUUUGGAACCGGCAGCCCAGUCGCCACCUUAAUGAGGACGCCAAUCGGGUUGCAAUGUGUCUUUUCCAUCACCUUCUCGUUCCUCCUCUUAGUUUCCAUCAUCUUGGAGAAACUACUAGCGCCCCUCCUCGCCAGUCGUUUCCCAAGUGUGCAGUUCGACGUCAAAGGGCUGCUGCUUAGUUACGGCCCGAAGUGGGACGAGAUGUCUGGCAGAAAGAGUGCCAAGUUUCUAGACCCGGCUACGUUGAAGGAGAUGGUCCCUUGGUACGCGAUUAUGCGAGUGUCUGCGGCCAUAGAGGUAACGGUGACGAGCAGUCUAUUCUUGGGACGCUUCGACAUGCGGCAAAUGCUCACAGCUUUGAAGGGGCCACCCAGAGUCUUCAGCUUCUGGCGAAAGUUCGAGUCGCUAGAAGAAGUGCUAAUGUUAAGGCUCACCUUCUAUACAAUUCACUUGUUCAGAUCAAGAAGUUCAUCUACAACUCAUUGCUCAGUGUUAAUCUCCCUCAAGUACUUAGGAUCGGGUGGCAGAAAUGGCAGUGCAGGCAAGAAGUGAAUUGAUGUUUUGAUGAGGUCUAAUUUUCAGUCGAACCAUGCCCGCUCUUCAGCAUCUGGGAGGUGGUUUUAGUGCAGCAGCAUCGGCGUCAGAGCGAAGCGCGCAUAGAAGAGAAAGAUCGAGCUCAUCAAAAGGGAGCUUUAGUGCUAAUAACAUAGCUUGGCAGGAACACGAGGUGGAACCUCCAUUGAGAUUUGCAUCAGCGAACAGUGACGCAUUAAAUUCUAGGGACGACCACCUUCUAGCUACAACCAGUACCGGUCUUUUUGGAGAACAAGAUAAAGAAAGUGAAAGUCCUCUGAGCAAAUUACUAGAAGAAGGCGAUGAAGAAGGACCUUUUCCAAUUUUUUUAAGUCCAAAGACUCAGAUCCGUCGGCACGCACCACCUCCCGCAUUUCUCAGGCAUCGAUCUUCUACGACGACUGCAUUCGCAGACGCAGACUCAUCUCCCAGGAAGAAGAGUCUAGUCGUGGUCGAUGCGGACGCGGACGCAGAAUCUUCAUCUUCAAACCUGGGUGGACCAGGAGCAGAAGGCGCAGCACGUGUUGUUCCUUUCAGUCCAGCUCCUUCUCCCAGUCCAGCUCCUUCUCCAGCUCCUUCCUCGAACUAUGGCGACGCUGACGAUCUCGGUCACGACAUUGGUUCGGAUGGCACUGAUGAUGGCGAAGUAUGGAUCGACUUUGUGGCAGACACGGGAGACGGGUUUAAUGCUCAGUAUGCGAUCGCUCGUGCACAAGCACAGCCGAAGCUGCGUGUCCGCGUGCCUGAAGAACUACCCCCAAGGCAGAAGAUGUUGGCGGAAGUGCUGACGGGAAGUCGACCAGUCGCGCGUGCGCAGACGCUGUUCAAUUUCACUACUGCGAUUCCACGUAGGGGAGUGAGUAGACUCUUUGAGAGUAUCAGCAACUUGUCACUGAACAGCCUUGCAGAAGAAGAUGAUGCAGAUUCUGGCAAGGACAAGGACGCCAAGACAUGUUGCACAUCAAAAAAAAUCAGAGGUGGAGCGCUUCUUGGAACGAGUGGUAGGAGUAAAUCGAAAGAAGAAGUCGGCAGUAGAAGUCCCAACAAAGUGCUACGAACAAGAAGCGAGACUACGGGAGGUGGUAGCGGUAACGGUACUAGUAUUACGGCUUCAGGUCGUAAUCCAUCUUGAAAAGCAUCUUGGGAGCUUCGUCUAAGGGAAACGCAAGCCCAGGAUGCCUUUCAAGAUGGAUUCCGGGAGGGUCUAAUAGUAGAGGUAAAUGGCAGUUCCCUGCUACUGCUAGUAGUAUGUCGAGGAACAUGAAGAAGAAAGCGACUGAGUUUCUCUCCAAACAUCUGAGACGAAAAUCUGACGCAACACAGAAAGAGCAGUUCCUAGUUCUCCCGCGUGCGAAGUAUUACUUCCAUGGUGGCGAUAUUGCCUAUCCGAACCCAAGCAAAGAAGAAUUUUUAGAAAGAUUCUUCUUUCCUUACCAUUUGGCAUUGAGGGAACCUUCUAUGGACCAUCAUUCGGGCAGUGGUGGGCGUAGAGUAUCAGGUCGCAUCGGAGGACAAGGUGGUGACGAACAAGAAGGUGGCUCUUCUAGCAGUACGUCUGGAGGUAGCCGACAACGGGAAGAGCAGCAUUCUCCUUCUUCUGGAAGUAGUACUAGUAUGGGCAAGAAAAUCGAAAUCUUCCCGGGUAAGAACAAUUCGAUGGCGUCUACUAACGGAGAAACGAGUGGAACCACAAUUUCAGGCUCUACAUCCUCAUUGUCAAGUCUAGAGUCACCAAGGGAGAACUCUGUAGAAGUUGACAGAAGAGAUUUAUUGGGAGCCACAUCUUCAAAUUAUAAUAUCGCUAGAAGUAGUACUGGCGCUCCUUUACACGCACAAUCUUCGUUAUUCCCGGGCACUUCCGCUUCUAUGAACUACAACAGCGCAACGACUUCUAGUAGUGCCACGGGAUCGAAGACGCUGCUCAGGCGAAGAAGCUCGAUGCAGGUUCAAGAACAAAUUGAGAAGCUUUCACGUCAAACCCCUAAGCACAGCUCCCGUUGGUACUACUCCUCUUGCCUGAAGAACAAGGAACAAAGCUCGUUGACGACAUUUCGCGACAGGGAGAGAGAUCCAAGAAGUUCUUCAUUGACGUCAUGGGGAGUAGGAAACAUCAAUCCUCAUCUGCUGAGUGGGUUCGCUACUUCCCCUGUGCACGGAGCAAGCGAAACGAGGCUAAGUUCCACUUCCACAGAGCGGUCUUCCUUGGUAUCUUCAUCACCAAGAAGCUCAGCCCGCUUCUCGAUGCUCUCAAAAUUUUGGUCUGGCUAUGUGGAGAGCAGUCUCCGAGAAAGGGGAGAACCUUCUAGUGUUUCUAAACACACCUCGUCGUCCUCUGGGUCUUCCAAGAAAACCAAUUACUAUCAGCCACCGACCGAAAAACUUGAUGCGGGGGAUUUGCGCGAUCAUCCUGGCCCUCUUUGUUUCAUCAUUCCCGGCAACCACGAUUGGUACGACAACUUGACAACGUACCAGGAUUUGAUCCUAAACCGUGCGUGGCUGGGAGGCUGGUACAUGCCGCAGGAACACAGUUACUUUAUCACGCAAGUCCACCAAGACUGGUUCGUUUUCGGGUUAGACAUCUCUUUGACGAACGACAUCGACGCGAGUCAAUUCCUCUACUUCAAGACCUUCGUGGAACAGGAGUUGAUCCCGCACAAAUCGCGUGUUAUAUUAAGGGGACGACGAUGCUCUUCCUCACUUAGUGUGAAUGGUUCUGGUAUUUGGUAACCUGCAUUUGAUCCUAAGGUUUCUCUUCUUGUUUUCCCUCAGGAUCAAACUCAGGCUACCAAAUACCAGAACCAUUCAUCUUUUACAAGCGUUUGUUUGCCCUUGUUCAAUAAAAGUAAGUAGGUGGAAAGGCAUAACAAACGGGGGAUCAUAGAAACACCAAGACCUCCGAGACCCUAUUAACCCUCUAAUUAUAGCAAUCACGCACAUGCCAAACUUCAGCAACGAUGCCGCAAUGAGAAACCGGACAGGACCAUGGUUAAUGCAGUUGCUUCAUGGCGUGAUGAAGGACGUGUUGGCAAUGCGAUGGUGCGGAGAUUUGCAUCAUUACAUGCGGUAUGAGCCAGACGCGUUGGGAAACACACCGAUUCGAGAUGGACUCUCGCAGGUACUUCUGAUAAUUUAUGUGUUUUAAUACUGUUAGACGAGGGUUCUUUAGGGUUGAAACAUUUGUUAAUCAUUUUUACAAGCCCUACUUAAGAUUGCGACUAAAAAAUGAAAUGCUCGUUCAACCUUUAAUUAUAGACAAUGUCUUUCAGCCUGCUCAUUGUAUAUCGUUCCAAAUUUAAUGUCACAACACUUUAGCAGAGCUUGCAGGUACCUUCAUCUGUCCUGAUCUGUAAUAUGACCUGUUCAUCACUGUCACUCUAUCAGGUAAUCUCUCACUCCGAAGCCGUUCCCCUCAUCGUUGCUGGUGGCGGCGGCGCCUUCACACACCCGACCCCAUGGGGGCACCAAGAAAUGCUCACGACCCACUAUGAACCCUACGAAACUGAACCAAGGUUGCCCUACCAAGGUUACAAGCCCGUUUCCAUGUACCCCACAGCCGAGCAGACCAACAAAAUGGCCAGAUCCGUUCCUCGCAAGUGGCGUAACGCAAAUUACCAAGCUGACAUUGUCAUUGGCAUGAUCUACUUGGCAGGCAUCUUAGGAGCGUUUCCUUUGUGCUUCAUCCAGCUGGCGGACCUGCAGAAAGGGAUCCAGAGCCGUGCUGAGACCCUAACAGCGACAAGACGGCGAAUUGUAGCUACACUAACAGGCACAGCGAAUGCAACUAGUACGUCCUCUGGUAGUUUGGGAAGUACUACCUCUACUACUUCUAAAGGUGAUUUGGACUACCUCACUCGAGAAGUGAACGGAGGAACAGGAGCUACAUGGCUGUGGAGAACAGAGUCAGGAAACGAGGUGGAUGCCCCUAGGGAAAAACUACAACAGAAUCAGAAAGAAGAAGUAGCUGGAGGCGAUGAUACCUUAACUGUGGUUGCCUCGCUUCUAGCGGACUCUGUAGAAUCAGCGGGAGGAACGAUUCAACAAGCGAAAAUCAUGGCCGCAACCACCUUUCCUACAGCAUACGAGUCGGUUACCACUUUGUUGACGCCAGAUGAGUCUGAAGAGUCUCAACUACCUGGAGCUGCCGAUAAGAACGCUUCUCAAGAACUACAUCAACUGCGAGCAAAUGAGCAGAACAUCAAGGAUGACGUUCUUCCUGUAUGGCUUCUUGCGCUCGUAAUUCAUUUCUUCACGACCCUGAUGCCCCAGUGCUACCAUCACAUUUGGCAGGAGACGAACAUUGCACUCUUUGUCCACGUCGCUCUACUGAUUGGUUGCGCUUGUGUCACGCAAGACACCUACGCUUGCACUGGUAUCGCGCGCAACGUCAAUGUCCGGCGAUUGGCAGGCAUGCUGCAUGGCUUGGCGCAUAGUCUGUGCAUCGUUCUCUUCGCGGUUUCGUUGGAAGUCAUGUUGCAGUUCUCCACGCAGUACCACAAGCCGUUGCAAACGACUCCGGAGGUCGUUACUUGGGUCGAUGACACCUUUUUCUUCGGUCGCGAGGUGCUUCACUCUAUUCUGAAAUUUCUCCUCCAAGCAAUCGAGGUUCCUGGAGGACUAACCGACGCCAAGGAGCAAAUCUGCGCAACUACAACUACAACUGGGGGAAGAAAAACUACAAAAAUCUCCCGCGAAGGCAUGAUCUUUUAUCGCCUCGGCAUGGGCGUUUAUUUCUACGCCACUGCAGUUCCGGUCGCUGCUUUCGUUAUGGGAUCGUUUUUCGCGCUCUGCAUGAUUUACCUCUACAUCCACCAGAAUGAAGCUUUCGUCAGCCUCCGCGAUGCGAAUCAUAAGAGUUUCGUGCGCUGUCGCAUCGAUAAAAGUGGAAACCUGAAAGCGUGGGCAGUAGGCAUCGAGAAUGUUGGCGAAGGAAUUGGCGCACACUGGGAACUGGAUUCGAUGGCCAGGAAAUGCAAGAUGGAUCCUUGGAACGACCCUUUGCCUUCGAAAUACUUCUCUGCGAAAGCUUCGCCGCCGCAUCUAGUCGAUUGUUUUACCGUACGAGGAGGAAAAAUGUUGAACAAUGUAGGUGAAGGGGGCGGAGGUAACAGAAGUGGAGGUAGUAGAGGAACAGGAGGACCACGUCUAGGAGGUGCUAGUGGCCCUGGUGGUAGUUCUAGUUCUCCCAAGGACUACAACCAGACUAGAUUCGAGCAUAUUCUUCAGGGAAGUGAAAGUGAUCUCGACGAGAUGUUGGAGCGGAAUGCGAUGACGAUGUAGAAGAACCACGAUUAAAUAUAUGAAUAAAUCUAUUGUCCAUUGGUACUACUAGGUUAGACUGUGCAGGUUGUAACUGUUGUAGUUAGAGCCAGAAAGGCCUAGUCUGGCACUGGCUUCACGGUGAUAGCUUUAGCUCUUCCCUGCUAACAUAAUAACUAGCGCAUUACGAUUACUUGAACUUGAUUCAGUCUCACUUAAGUUUUUUCUUAACAAAAAACCCGAAAGCCUGGCAAUUGUAAUUUUUGGCAGAGUUCUUGUAAGAGACAUCUCUACUUAGGUGAAAGUUGUAGGCCCAAUCCGAAUCGACUAACGUCAUCUUCAAUAGACUUCUCUACUCAGUCUUCAAUCUACUCGUAGAUACGCCGCCCUUCUUUUUGGCGUCCCUCGUACGCCUCUCGUGUAAAUUUAAAGGUGC